CUAUAUAAAAACGCACAACUCCGAGAUACGAACGCGCAUGAUAAUAAACAGUUUCACAUAGAUCUUUGACAAAAUUUAUUAAAAUAAUAUCUAUUGAAAUAUAGAAAGGAUUAAUAAGAAAGUUUAACUUUAAUUCAUCGACUUAUGUUUUGACUACACGCGUAUAUAAACGUUAUGUCUAUUUAUCAAGAAAGGGAGAAAAACGAUCGUUUCAUGACGACAGAAGACAAUAUGUCGUUGGAUACUCUUGGAAUCGUAGGAGUUCCAGUGAGCAAAGGCCAGCGCCGUGACGGCACAGAGAAGGGCCCACAAGUGUUACGUGACGGCGGACUGAUCGAGAAACUGACGCGUUUCGGUUGGAACGUCACAGAUUACGGGGACGUCAAUUAUGACUACGUCGACGAUGACUUGCCGUAUGAUCAUGUCAGAAAUCCAAGACACAUCGCCAGCGGCUCAUUAAAUACAGCGGACCAGGUGGAGCGGUGUUUACGGGCGGAAGGACGCUGUAUCGCGUUGGGCGGCGAUCACAGCAUGGCUAUCGGAACCGUCAUGGGUCACGCGCGCGUCCACCCGGAUAUGGCGGUGCUCUGGAUUGAUGCGCACGCAGACAUCAACACGCCGCUGACGUCAGAGAGCGGUAACAUUCACGGGAUGCCGCUGUCGUUUUUGGCGCACGAGCUGGACAACUAUAUCUCGUAUUUACCCGGAUGGGAGGAAGUAAAGCCAUGUAUCAGCGUUGACCAGGUGGCGUGGAUCGGCCUGCGGGACGUGGACCCUCUGGAAAGGGCCAUCGUAGAGAAGUUCAACAUGAACUCGUUCAGUAUGCAGGAAGUGGAUCAAUUAGGCAUCCGAAGGGUCCUCGACAUGGCGCUAGAGGCAGUCGACCCGACCGGUACCAAACCCAUUCACGUGAGUUUCGACGUCGACUCGAUGGACCCACUGUACACGCCCAGUACCGGAACUCCCGUCAGUGGCGGUCUGUCUCUCCGAGAGCUGUGCUACAUAGCGGAAAUCGUGGCGCAAACAGGUCGGCUUGCGGUUAUAGACAUUGCGGAGGUGAACCCGACGCUCGGUGACAAGAACGACGUCGACCUCACGGUAAAGACGACGAUUGACGUUAUCUCGCAUUUCUACGGCCAGCGUCGUCAAGGCAACGCCCCCGAAGGCGCUGAGAUUCCGCUUUCGAUUACGAAACGAGUCCCAUUGAAGCCCAGACCUGUUGGGACAAGUAGGAAAGUGCUUCAAAACUAAAACGUAGCGUCGUGUGUUUGGCUCAAAAGAUGGAAUGAAUUCGUAUCCAGUUAAACCUCGUUGAGGUACAUGUAUAAGUAAUGACAUUUUUACAGCCAUUGUCAUGAUGAGGCGUUUUGGGCGAGUUCGUAUUGUAGACCUCUCCAAAACCUAAAAAAGCAUUCGCAGUGGUAUCAUGAUUAAGCAAAGAGGACCGGAGGAAUGGAUAAUUCAUGUUAUAGUUAAUUACGGUAUCAUUUAUUAACCUGACAAUGAAUUUAGGUCGAGGUCCCUCAUGAUCUUUCAAACUACGCAUUUGUGUAUGUGCAUACGAACUAUCACACUAGCAGAUUUGUGUUUGAAUCAUACAUUUCUUUACAUAUUUUUAGAGAUAUUGUUGACAUUCGAACGUUGACCCUAAUUAUCAGUUGAUAUUUUACACUGUAUGACUUUCAAUAAGUUGAUUCGUCGUUGUCAUUGGAAACGAAUUAAUCCGGUUCACUACUACUAAGUGGGUUUAUGGAUCACUGAAUUCGUUUAUGUAUUUUUCGCGCAUAUGUAAAUGCAUAAUUUAGAGUUUUGAAAACUGUAAGGAUUACUCAAUUCAGCAUUUUAAUGAUCAAUAACGGCACGUGUUCAUUAAGUACUCGCUCCUUAUAUCCUUUUCAUUCGGUACAUUUUGAAGUACUAAAACUUUGAAAAGUUGUGACAAGUAAUUAUCUACGCAAAGUGGUUAGGACGCAGUACUUGACAAUGUAUAUCCUUUUUUUGACGUCAAUCGAUUGUUUAUGUAAAUGGUCACGUUUAAUGUGGUUUUGUUUGUGUAUCGAUCCGUGAUCGAUAUCUUGUUUAAACCGGAGUUCACUAUUUCGCAAUAUGUGUUUAUUUUCCUUAAGUGCAAUAUGAAAUCUUUACAAUUUCUUCUUCUUGCUUGGUUUACCGUUCACCAGCUUAACCUGGUUACUGUUAUGCAAUGUAUUUAUUAUUACAAGUGCGAUAUACUAUGUAUAGAUCUGAACUGGCGGUAUCAGGGUUGGUUACGUAUAAAAUACUUGCCAAAAUGUAUAUUAAUAUUGAUUUGUCCUUAUCGUUAAUGUAUAUUCAUUGCUUUUGUAAGGCAACAAAGUGUACAUGAAGCAAUUGUUGGUGAUUAUAAGCUUCCCAAAAACUAUACGCAAGUACCAGUGUGACAUUGCUUAAUCAAGGCGUGAUUUUCUAUGUUAAAACUCGGGUUAUUGUGACAUUACGAUAUUUAUUUUAUUGUUUUUAAUUUUCUAUGUUAAAACUAGGGUUAUUGUGACAUUACGAUAUUUAUUUUAUUGUUUUUCUUCGCAUGUAAUAGUUAUACUACAUAAAUCCAUGAUAACACGCUGGUAUUAUACAGUGUUUUUUACAGUAUGAUAUCGCACGUUUGUAGGUGCAAUGCUUACAUACACAAGUUUAAACGCAUAUGCAAUUUUUACAUCGUUUUUAACUUAUGGUGAGGCUUUAUUUAUAUUAUUAAAUGUUGAACUUAUGUAAUUCUCAUAUAUAUAUUACAGUUACAUGCAUCACAUAUCUUUUUUUAUGCAACUUUUCUUUGUUGUUAUAAUUUAAUGUAUUUAAUUAAAUGUUACCAAAACACAA